CUCACGCGGAGGACUGUGGUGUGUAGUGAAUAUCAUUGCUGAGAGGAAUGAGAAAAGACGGAGGCCUGGAUUAUUUUGUCAGUCGACUAUGAUGAUGAUGAUGCUGAUGAUGCUGGAGUCAGUGGAAUGUGAGCUGUGAGGUUGGAGGCUGUGAAUCCAACAUGGAGGGGAAGAAGGAUGGAGGGCAGUGGGUUUCCUCCCCUGCCUGCUACAGGAGCAGCUUUGUAGCCCUGCUGCUCUUCUUCCUGGUUAUUGGAGCCUUUGUUGGCCUGCUGAUCGCAUACCUGGUGCAGGAGGAGCAUUAUUUCAUGGAUACGGUGGAGCUGAAGGGUCUGAAGUAUGAUCCUGUUUUACAGGAUGAAAACUCUGGUUUCUCCAUAGUACUGUCUUCAGUUUUGAAGUCAAAGAUAGAGAAUGUCUUCACUGCUUCAUCAAUAUCACGUCACUAUGUUGAUUGUAAUAUUGUUUCCUAUGGUAACAUUAAUGAUGGGGUGAUGGUGACGUUCAGACUGGUCUUUAGGGUCUCCAAGAUCCAGCAGUAUUCAGACACUUUCAUUCAGGACUUGCUGAGAGCAGGGUUCAGCUCAUUAAUGCACGGGAAACCGCUAGAGGUGCCAGAAUUUGGACAGAUCAAUGCUAUCAUCUUACUCGGCACCAGUGGGAAAUCAUUUUAUGUCAUUGGAGAUGAGAUGACAGUCAGGUGUCCUGACAACACUUUCACCUGUGACAAUGGAGAAUGUGUCACCAAAUUAAAUCCAAAGUGUGACUCCAUCCCUGACUGUGCAGAUGGAUCUGACGAGGCUCGUUGUGCCUGUGGGACCCGUCCUGUUAUGGGGAAUCGUGUGGUUGGUGGGGAGGAUGCUCAGCAAGGUGAGCUGCCAUGGCAGGUCAGUCUGCGCUUCCAUGGACGCCACACCUGUGGAGCCUCCAUCAUCAGUGAACGCUGGCUGGUCAGUGCAGCGCACUGCUUUGAAAGGGACAGCGACCCAAGAGAGUGGACGGCCCUGGUCGGAGCCAGUCUGGUGAGUGGUGAGGAGUCGGAGUCCAAGACGAUUAACAUCAAAUCAGUGGUUGUGUCUCCAGACUACAACCCUAUGACCACUGACAAUGAUAUAACUGUGCUGGAGCUUGAGACCCCGCUCACCUUCAGUUCUUACGUCCAGCCAGUCUGCUUGCCCUCCCCAUCUCAUGUCUUUUCUCCAGGCCAGAACUGUAUGGUGUCGGGUUGGGGAGCAUUGCACCAGUUUAACCCUGCGGUGCCUCCUACACUUCAGAGGGCAGUGGUGAAAAUCAUCGACUCAAAGGUGUGCAAUAAGUCGUCUGUGUACAGAGGUGCUGUUACUCGCAAUAUGAUGUGUGCCGGGUUCCUGCAGGGCAAGGUGGACUCAUGUCAGGGUGACUCUGGUGGACCUCUGGUAUGUGUGGGAGCCUCAGGAAAGUUCUUCCUGGCGGGGGUGGUGAGCUGGGGUGUGGGCUGUGCGCAGAUCAACAAGCCUGGGGUUUAUACCCGGGUCACCAGGCUCCACAACUGGAUUCUAAGCCACACAGAUCCCAGCUUGGUCCCUUAUUAUCUCCAGCAUGUCCCCACGGUGCCAGUAACUGAGGAAGAAGUGAGCUUUAAUAAGCCGCAUGUACCUAUGACGAUAGCCUUGGACGCAUUUUCUGCACAAACACCACCUGUCAUUCAGAACUGCACUGGAAACUUCCAGUGUAGCACCACAUCAUGCAUUGGCAAGGUAAACCCAGAGUGUGAUGGAGUACCAGACUGCCUCAACCAGGAAGAUGAAAGAAAUUGUGAUUGUGGAUUGCGUCCUGCGUUGGGCUCGCAUCGGAUUGUUGGUGGAGUAACAGCUCGAAGAGGAGAGUGGCCUUGGAUUGGUAGUCUACAGUAUCAGAGACUUCAUCGCUGUGGCGCCACUCUCAUUCAUGGCAAAUGGUUAAUGACUGCAGCGCACUGCUUCAAAAGUGAUCUUAGCCCCACAAAUUGGGCUGUGAGCCUGGGGUCAGUGCUGCGCUCAGGGGUCGGAGCUCUGGUCAUUCCCAUUCAGAGGGUCAUCAUUCACCCGGCUUUCAAUAGCACCAACAUGGACUAUGAUGUGGCUCUGCUGGAGCUGACAGCGGCUGCACCCGUGUCCUACACCAUCCAGUCAGUCUGUCUCCCCUCACCUGUGCACCACUUCCUGAACAAUGCAGAGUGCUACAUCACAGGCUGGGGAUCCAUGAGGGAAGGAGGUUCCUUGACCAACCUACUGCAGAAAGCUGCCGUGAACAUCAUUGACCAGGCAGGCUGCCAGCAGUCGUAUGGAAAUGUGCUGACUCCCAACAUGAUGUGUGCUGGGUACAUGGAGGGAGGCAGGGACACCUGUUUGGGAGACUCUGGUGGACCGCUGACUUGUCGCCAGCACUCUGGCCAGUGGUUUAUUGCUGGAGUGACCAGCUGGGGACAUGGAUGUGGGCGAAUAGGUUUUCCAGGGGUUUACACUCGAGUGACAGCUGUCCGGAAAUGGAUAUCCACUUACGUGCCUUUCUGAAAGUUUUAAAAAUGCAGCCGUACCAGCAAGGAAAUGGCAAUCCAUGUGGACACAGUGGACUUUCUCAAUACAUCCUCUCCCGAGCAUUGUACUGUACAUGGACUUAAGUCAUGCUAAAAGCCACCCAGAUAUUCUGAUACCAAAGCAUUGAAUUGUCUGAUCUAUUCGUGUUAAGGUUAGGGUUUGUAUCCUGUACUGUCAUCUGAAAUUCUUUUUCAACAUGUACUAAGGGAACACGGAGAAUCCAGAUGGAAA